AUGAGCGUUGUGCCGUUGCAAAUUUCGGGAGAUAGCAAAGCCACAAGGAAACCUAGGGACCCCCGUGGCACCGCCAAUAUUCCUUAUGGAUACCGACUCAGUCAGCAAAAACAAACGUGCGCAAAUAUCAAUCUUACUACCUCUGAAGAACCCCGUUCUUCUGCGGCUGAUACACGAAUCAAAUAUCAAGCGGAUCAUGCCAAACAGGAAUCGACGAAGAGCAAAGGAGAAACGACGAAAAAUGAACAGGCAGAAAACCUGCGCUCCGGAGAUCCUACCGUUAAAAGUGAUUUGAAGGAGGCUGUACAACCUGGAGAAUCGGUAGUUCAAAAUCAACAGGAAGAACUGAAAGGUUCGAGGACUUCCACGAAAAUCGAGCAUGGCAAAUCUGUUAUUGGCAAGGAUUUGAGACAUCGAGAUAAACGAAGAUCGAUGCGAAAUGGAAAACAAUCGCAGGGAGAGGAAGUACACGUCGGCAUUCUUCCGGUAAACUUAAAUGCCGAGAAAGAUGAAAAUAAAGAAAGGGAGGAGCGCGAGCUUAUCAGUUUUUUGCGAACGAACGACUUCGUGGAGAAAACUGACAAGAGAAUACGGAAAGAGAAAAUCCGUAGUCUCAUCGAUGAAGGUCUCACAGAAUAUGAGCAGAGUAUCAACGCUCGAAGGGAAAAGCUCCGAGCACUGCUGCUCGCCGAAGAAAAAUCGUGGAUUCGAGAAGUCGUGGAGCAAGCCCAAAGAGGCUCGGAUCUGAGAAUCGAGGAAGCACAAAAACGGACGAUAGAAUUACGAAAGCUUGCGGAAGAGCAACGUCUGGAGACGGUGAAAGAGAAACGCAUGCGACAAUAUUUAGAGCGGUGUCCAGAAGUUCGCGAUAGAUUAACGAAGAAAACAACCCUGGAGACGAAGUACGCAAAUCUCAUGCAAAUGGCAGACAACGAGGCUAAACGGCAGGCUGAAAGGGAAGAAAAUAUGUUGUGGUACGAUUUAAUGUUGAGAGAAAUCGAGGCGAAGAAAGCUCGAGAGUUGGAGGAAGCGAGACGACGAAUGGACGAGAGAAUGUCGCUGGUGGUGGUAUUGGAGAAACAGAUGGCCCGUAAAUCGGCUUCGGCUGAUGAGAAGGGAAUUGAGGAGGAAGGCGGAAGCGAGAAUCAAGAAAAUCCCAUACUGGAAGAAACGAUUGAUCCGGUAAAGGUAAGAGAAAAACGAGCGCAACUGAAGAAAGAACUGGAUGAGCAAUUGACGAUCACAAGGAGAUAUCUGGCGGAUCGGGCACGCGAAGAAGAAGCUGUGGACAAUGCUCUUCGUAUUCUGAAUGAGAAAGAACUGGCGCGUGAACGAGCGACGAGUAAAGAAACGGUGUCGCGUUUGCGAAACGAAAUAGCGGCUUACAUGGCAAGUCUAGAAGAAUUUAGAAGGGAAGAAACCCAGAGAAAUGCCGAAAUUGAAGGAAUCGUAGCGGCAACUGCGAGAGAAGUUGAGAGAAAACGUGAUUCGGCGAGAAGAGAGUUACGGGAAAAACGGGAGCGCAUAUUCCGUGGAGUUCUCGAAGGUCGAGAGCAACAGUUGCGCGAGAAACGAGUAAGGGAAGAGGAAGAAAAUAAACGCUCCGUUUUGGACGAUGAAUUGCGAAGGAAGCAAACGGAAGCAGAGGCUUCGCUCGAGGCCGAGGCGGAAAUGAGGAGACGAGAGAAUGCUCUGCGUUACGGUCAAGAACUAAAAGCCCAGCAGAAGUCCGCUGAGGAGAUGAGACGUCGCAAGGACGAGGAAAUCGAAAGAAUGCUCCGCGACAACCUCGAGCGAGAGAAAGAGUAUGAAAAGCUCGCUGAACAAAUGCUGAAUGCACCAGAAAUCAUUACGCCUCAUGCAUUCAAAAUACUCCUGAGAGAAUGUGCAGCUCGUCGGGAGGCCAAACAAAAAGAUCUUUGUUACGACUCUCGGUCGCUGACGCAACUGCAACCAACCCCGCCUACCGGCCACCCCUAA